GAGACAUCCUCACCAUCCCUUCGUUCGCCUUCCUAUCACCCACCCCCAGCCAUUGACUCCGUGAAGCUCUCCUGCAGCUUCCACCAUUGUAAUGGCACCCAAUAUGAGGCCGCUCGCCGCUGCCAAUGUGCUCUCGCAGGUUCAGCUGGCUGGACGCAGGACCUUCACCACCCAGCGCCCGUCGCUUAUCGCCAACAGAGCGCGAUGGACUCCCCGGCCCACGCAGUACCAGAUUGCCCUCCGCCAGUCUGUCCGCCAGCAGUCGAGCGGUGCGCCCAAGCCCAAGCCCAAGAGGUUCCGCCUCCUGCGCUGGACAUGGCGCCUCACGUACCUCUCCGCCAUCGCCGGCCUGGGAUACGUUGGAUACGGCAUCUACGAGACUCGCAACCCCGCCGACCAGCCGCCGCCUGACCCAAGCAAGAAGACGCUCGUCGUCCUCGGUACCGGCUGGGGCUCUGUCUCCCUGCUGAAGAAGCUCGACACGGAAAACUACAAUGUCAUCGUCGUCUCCCCGCGCAACUACUUCCUCUUCACUCCUCUCCUGCCCUCAUGCACCGUCGGCACCAUCGAGCACCGCUCCAUCAUGGAGCCCAUCCGCAACUUCUUGCGCCACAAGAAGGCCCAGGUCAAAUACUACGAAGCCGAGGCCACCAAGAUCGACUACGAGAAGAAGGUCGUCUACAUCAGCGACGACUCCGAUAUCAAGGGCGACGUCUCCCAGACCGAGGUGCCCUUUGACAUGCUCGUCGUUGGUGUUGGUGCUGAGAACGCCACUUUCGGUAUUCCCGGUGUCAAGGAGAACGGUCUCUUCUUGAAGGAGGUCGGCGACGCCCAGCGCAUCCGAAACCGCAUCAUGGACUGCUGCGAGACUGCCACCUUCAAGGACCAGUCUGACGAGGAGAAGAAGCGCCUGCUACACAUGGUCGUUGUCGGAGGUGGUCCUACCGGUGUCGAGUUCGCUGGUGAACUCCAGGACUUCUUCCACUCCGAUCUGAAGAAGUGGCUUCCCGAGAUCCAGGAUAACUUCCACGUCACCCUCGUCGAGGCCCUCCCCAACGUCCUUCCUAUGUUCUCCAAGCAGCUCAUCGACUACACCGAAAAGACCUUCAAGGAGGAGACCAUCACCAUCCGCACAAAGACCAUGGUCAAGAACGUCACACCCAAGUUCAUCGAGGCUGAGUCGACUGGCCCCGAUGGCAAGAAGCAGCUCGAGAAGAUCCCCUACGGUCUUCUCGUCUGGGCCACCGGUAACGCUCUCCGACCCAUCGUCAAGGACCUUAUCAACCAGAUCCCCGCACAGAAGGACUCCCGCCGCGGUCUCGCCGUAAACGAGUACCUCGUGGUCAAGGGCACCGAGAACGUCUGGGCCGUCGGUGACUGCGCCGUCGCCAACUACGCCCCCACUGCCCAGGUCGCUGCUCAGGAGGGUGCUUUCCUGGCCCGUAUGUUCAACAACAUGGCCAAGACCUCCGAUAUCGAGGGUGAGCUUGCCGAGCUCUCUGUCGCCCAGGAGAAGGCGCCAGGCAAGGAGGCCCGUGACAAGGUCUUCGGCGAGAUCAAGGCUCUGCAGCAGAGGCUGAGGAGGAUCAAAUCCAUCGGUCCCUUCGAGUACUCGCACCAGGGUUCGCUCGCCUACAUUGGUUCCGAGAAGGCCGUUGCCGACAUCUCGUGGUUCUCCGGCAACAUCGCUUCCGGCGGUACCAUUACCUACAUCUUCUGGCGCUCCGCCUACCUCAGCAUGUGCUUUAGCACCCGCAACAGGAUAUUGGUCAUGCUCGACUGGGCCAAGGCUAAGUGCUUCGGUCGCGACGUGUCACGUGUCUAAACGCCUUUCCCUCCUUGGCGUUACUACCUCCCAUCCUUUUCUAGAGAUUCCCUAAAAGUUCGACUUCCUGAAGGGCAAGCGCUUAUCCACGGCGUUGCCAAUGUACACCACACACACCUCCCGGCUUCUUCUGUACGAUUACUCGUCAUGUUUUGUAUAAGGGUGUGAUACCUCGCAGCAGUAGGGCGGCUCUUCGGGUUUUCGGUCUGGUCACAUGCUCUUGUUACUAGUCGAGCUCGGCGUUUUGGUGCUUUUUUUCCCUUGCCAGAGUCAGAGGCGGGUUAGACUUGGUUGCUUUCUUUGGACAAUCGUAGAUAGAUAGGAACCUUUAUGAAACAGCGGAAGAGCAACUGCGUAUUACUACAUUACAACAAUUGUCUUUCUUGUGUGUUUGUGCAGAUUGCAUGUUAGGUCGGUAGUUGAUAUAAGACGUAACUCUUAAUGCAGGGUUAAUUUC